AUUUGGAGGUGGGAGGUAGGAGGCGACUCAGUGUCUUGGAGUUGGUAGGGAGUGAUCGUCAUGGACACGGGACGUAUUAAAAACCUCAUAUUACCUCUUGGUGGGGCUCUGUUGCUGUCUGGUGUUGCUGGAGCUGUUUUAUAUUAUAUAACCAAGAAGGAUGAAGAUGAAAUUAAACUGGUUACUGCCAGAGUUAACCACUGGUCAACUGUACAGGUGCAAGUUCCAGUUGAUGCUGUUGGACUUGUAAUUGGACGCCAAGGCGCGAAUAUUAAAUUAAUUCAGGAUCGUACAAACACAAAUAUAAGGAUUUCUGAUGAAGGAGAGGAAGGCCAUCGUCUGUGUGUCAUCAGUGGCUUGGAGAAAAAUAUCACCUUGGCUCAAACAUUGAUCCUCAAGACUGUCAAUGAACAACCUGUGAUUGAAACCACAGAAAUGUUGGUACCUUAUGGUGCCAUUGGUCGAGUAAUUGGAAGGAAUGGAGAAUCAAUUCGUACAAUCUCUCAUCUUAGUGGAGCAAAGGUCUUUGUGGAUAGGGAUGAAGACCUGACUCUCUCUCUUCCAUACCCUGAGGAUAUGAGGAAGAUUGUUCUCAAGGGAAGCAAAGAGCAGAUUGAAGCAGCCAGGUCACUACUCCUGGAGAAGGUGGUUGAGGAUGAAGAGAUGAGGCAACAAAUACAUGCAUCAGCUACUAACAUGUUCCUGAGAGCCAGAGGUCGGCAGGCAGCACAUGAAAAUGUUAGUCAGCCUUCACCUAUGAACCGCAACAACCCAUUAUUUGAAGCACUUUCAUCAACAAACAGUGACCGAUAUAUUGAGGCUUAUGUAUGUGCAGUUGACACGGCAUCUCAUUUCUGGCUUCAAGUGGUGGGUCAACGGUCUGUUCUGCUGGAUAAGCUGGUGACAGAAAUGACAGAAUAUUAUGAGAGCGCAGAAAACAGGGAACUUCAUGAAUUAGACAAGGUAGACAUUAAUAGCAUUGUGGCAGCCAAAUUUCCACAUGACAACUCAUGGUACAGAGGACAAGUCUGCAACUAUGAGCAUAAUGAGACUGAUCCUCUACAAAGUUUUGUCACAGUAUAUUAUGUUGACUUUGGAGACACAGAGACAGUCAAGAUUGAUAAUGUGAGUGAGUUAAGAACAGACUUCCUGAAGCUCAACUUUCAAGCCAUUGAGUGUUUUCUGGCAAAUAUUAAACCUGAGAGUGUGAAGGGGGAUGAAGCAGCUGAUGUGUUUGAAGAGUUGACAUAUGCAGCACAAUGGAAGGUUGUUAUGGUAAAAGUUGUUGGAUACCAGCAGGCAGGAGAAAAAACCAUACCUUGUGUUCAGAUUAUUGACACAAAUGGUUCUACAGAUGUAGAUGUAGCAGAAGAGCUCGUGAACAGAGGCUUGGCUGAGCUCACUAAUGGAGUGUCAGACUCAUCCUCCAACCCAUCCAAGUCAUAGAGUUGUUUUAUUUUCUUUGUAAAUAGUUUGUGAUGUAAUUGAUAUUAAAUCAUAAUUUCUUGUAGAAAGGAGACAAGAAAAGGUAUGUACCAAAGUCAAUUGUUUAAAAUGAGCUGCUGAAACUGAAGCAAGUUUCUAAAGGAAAUUUAACAAAUACUGAAUGUUUUAAGUUUGUUAAUCAGACUAUCUUUAAUAGAUAUUGGUACAGUACUUAAAUAUUUGAUGAGCAGCUGCCUUACUAUGUUUCUAUGAAGUGCAGUGAUCUCUUGCCAACCAUAGGAGUUAAGGGGAGCGUCUGGCUGAAAAUACGAGGAAAAUUGGAAAAUAACAAAAAUAUUCAGAAAAAUUCCUGUGGAAAGCUGUUGCCUAUGGCUAUAUGCUGACGUAUUUUUAUUGCAUAAUUCGUAAAAUUUAUUUAGCAUGUUUGUUGUACCUCCUCUUUCGUUUAGAGGUCCCUUCUGUUUACAUAGGAAAAGCUGUAGAAAGUACCUUAUUUAUAAUAAUAUUUUGGUGUAAAUUAAUACCAAUCACUUGGAAAAUAUCAGUAUCUGGCACCCUUCUCAGAAAACUAACCUCAGGAAACCGUCGUCAUGAGAUUCAGUGACCCAUCAAACAAGCGAGAGUGAGGUACGAUCGUGAGUUUCUUUCACGUCACCUUUAUCGGCCCAUAUCUCAAAACGAGUUUUUCUUAACCUUCAAAUCCCGAGCCGAUCUUAAUAAAACAAAGACUAAGCACAGGUAGUAGAAUAACAUACUGUGCAUGGCAUAACAUAUAGAUUUUCUUUAUAAAUGGCUUGGUUUAUUAUUUGCUGAUUUAUCUUUAUAAAUAUUUGGAGGAAAAAAUGGUAAGUUAGGAAAAAAUUCAUUCAUCCAAUACGAAAGUGUUAAUCAGAAGUAUCUUUGCUACGUUCAAGAAGAGUAAAUUACCUUAUAUUUCACAUGAAUUUCAACGUAAUUUAGCAAGAAGUUAUUGAGAAGUAGGAUUUUGAAAAUUGAUAAGAAUAUAAGAGAAAAAACAGAUAUUAAAGAUUAGGCAGAACCAAUUCAGGGUAUCUGGUGUCCUUAAUUGCUGACAGGAAAUUGAUACUGAUUGAUCAUUUAUUAAUGAAUUUCCUGCUUCAGCCAAACGCUCCCCUUUAGGAUGUGUACUCUAGUUAAAAAACAAAUACUUUUAUAAUAACUUUAGUGUACCUUAUAAAAUUACUAUAAGUCCAAUGCACAAGUACAGUAUCAGAUAAACUUAUGAAAGAGUGUAAUGGAGAAGUUCCCCUGAUGCCUGUCUCCAGUUGCUACACUUGCACCAAAUGCAAGUUGAUCAAGCAAUUCCUCUAUCUUUCUCAUAAUAUUUAUUUCAUCACCCUUUUUUGGCGCAGUAUCUCUCGUAUUACUAGAUUUACACUUUGAGGCUAUAUUUCAGGGCAAACUACAAAAAAUAUAUAGUUAUGAGUACCUGUACUGUAUGUUGAAAGCAAUAUUAGAGGGAUGUUCACAUAGUGAGUCACUGUCCCUACCAGUGGGGAAUAGGGCUAGGCCACUGAGUGGGAUAUUUACACACUGUACAAGUCAAAAUAGUGAUGAGGGAAAUGUUCAAAGCUGACAAUAAAUUGAAUUUUUUGUUCAAUACAGCAGCAGGAUAUUUUUUGAUAUGAUAAGUGUACUGCUCCUUAAUAAAUUUCCAUACAUA